GCUCGGAGUGACACACGCUUCAGACGUGACGCCAGCUGAGUCAGCCAAGCACCUUCUCAUCACAUCUACUUAUUUCUCUCGCUUUGUUUUUUUUUGUUGUUUUGUUUUUUAACCCGGCAGAGCUGUGCAUGUCAAGUCUCUUUUCGUUUUUUUAUUCAUCACUGUUAUAAUAAUUCCAUGUACAUAUAAAUCCCGUGUUUUGAAAUCCAUGGAGAGAGGAGCAGGCGGGGAAGGUGGUGUUACACAUCUGGAUGGAACCAACGCGGCGGGUCCUGCAGCUCGGGCCACUACAGACGUGAGGAUUUCUUCUUCUUCUUCUCUUUGUGUGGCGCACAGACCAUGAUCACGGCACGGGACUGUCGCUCUUGAUCUUUGCAUAAACCCAGAUGCCUCCCCUCCCUCUUGACGAGCGCAUAGUGGUCAUUCAGCGCCCUAAAAACUUAGUCCUGUGCGAGAGUUCCCCACAAACCAUCCCGCAGCAUUCCUCUCAAAUAUCAGCCUCUUCUAAUGGACGAGUCGCCCACCCUACUCACCUCCACCCUUCACAGUCACAUUUCUAUUCACCAGCCUGUAAAUCUCUGACUCUGGAAUGCAAACGCAGAUCUUCCCGUGUGCAGAAAUCGAAGAACGACCAGCCUGUUCUACCAACGGGGGUGAGACACAACCCUAGCCACUGCCAUAGCAAUGGCACAGUAACACUCGGCCCACGGCUUCCCUCCCACACACAUACUAUUGAUAUCAGGGUGACUGUGGACAAAAAAGGACGAGGAGGAGGAUUCAGCAACUCGUUAGGCCGCAGCGGUAGUGUAAAAGGUGGCAGAGGGAAAUGUGUUUCUUCACAGUUGGAUCAAGGACAAUGUGAGCGAAAAAGUGGAACCACAGGGAGGCCAGGUGGAGCUGAAACAAAGUCACAGCGAGGUCGCCAUAGUCAGCUGUCAACUUCCCCUGGAGGGGUCCUGCAGUUCGUCCCCGCUCAGGCACAGCAGCAUAGGUUCAGGGGUGAAAAGGAGAAGGAAAACAGUAGGUUUCCUAAAAGAAGCGACCAAGAAUUUCCUUCUGUAGGUCACAAGAAAAAUUCCAAACUGGGAACUGUUCAACAAAGCCAUAAUAGUCAUAGUCAACCCUACCACCAUAACUCCGUCCCUGUGCCCCAUGCUGCCAUCCUAAACUCCAACUAUCCCACAUCCCCUCCCUCCCAACCCACCAAUGUCCCAGUAUUGUUUCAGCAACUCAGCCAGCCAAACCUAUCCCGCUCCAAGGAUCACCGUCCCCACAUUCUUCAUGGUCUGCCCCUCUCCCCGUGCUCCUCCCAUGCCGGAGGGUUCCCCAGCCCAGACCACACCUGCACCAUUGACUGCACCCACCCAUUCAGUUGCGGCUGCUGGAGGUUGGUAAGAUGCAGAGGGUGUAAGGCAAACUCUGCUAACUGCCAAGGAGGGGGAGGAAGCUCUUCCACCUCAUUUUCCUGUGCUCACAAUGUUGGAGCAGUGAAGAGAGGAGGCAAAGAUAUGGGUCUGAGAAAUCUGGGUGGGUGUCUCUCCACUGCCUCGACCUCCAACACCUCCUCUUCAAACAGCACUGUGUCUGACUGCCGAGCAAGCCUGUUCAAACCUCUCCGCUGUGCCUCCUGCUCUGGUGAGGCCAGAAACUUUGAAAGUCCUGCUAUCCUUCGGAAAAAACUGGUAGGGGGAUGCCUGCCAUGCACCCCUCUGUCCUCCUCAGCCCCUCUGCGGGCAAUACAGAGCUGUGUCACGGGUUGCAACCCCAAAGCCUCUCAAACAGGUAGUUCCACCUGCAGUUACUGCAGCAGCGACCCCAUAGUGGUCACAUUCAACCCUCGUCGAGGAAAACCCCCGGGAAGAGGCAUCGGUGCGGCACAUCCGACGGGUAUGUUCCAAGCCGAUGAUGAUGACUACAGCGUGCGUACUAUCUGGCCUGAAGAACUGGCCAAGAAGAUGACCCAUUCUAAAGCCCAAAAGAAUCAAUGUGCUGGAAUGGGAGCAGGGGUAGCGAAGACCUGUGCAAGUCAGGCCCAGAAUGGCAGUAAUGGAACGGGCCUUGUCCUCUUGGACUGUCAAAACCUCCAAGAAUAUGGGCAGUCUCAGCAUACAGACCAUGCUGGCCGUCGGCGGCUUCAGCAGGGAAGAAUGGCUGCCCUUGAUUUUAUGGGCCGCAGGUCAGGAUCUGGCUAUGACGAAGGCUGGAACUCACUGCAGAGACUUUUGAAUAAAGCAGAAGAUGGAGGAAUGGACAAUGGUCAGGAGCAAGAUGGAGAUGUGGCAUAUCCUCGUUCCCCUUCUCCCAGCUCUGUCUCCCCGCCUUCGCCUGUGUCCUUUUCGCCUCCACCGUCUGCCCCGAGCACACUCAUCAAACCACAACCCUGGCAGAGAGACAGAGAGGGAGGACACUCUCUGCCGACAGCUCAGUCCCUUCACCUAGCCCUGAACUCCCUGAACAGAGAGCAAGAUGAGGAGAACAGCAGAAUGCACCUUUCUCUGCCACUCUCUUCGUCAUUGCCGGCAUGUCUGUCCGAUGAGAGUUUGAUGACUCCUGACGCGGAGAACGCUGUGGUCAGUCCCAUCCUGCCCUUCCUGUUUCUGGGGAACGAGAGAGACGCUCAAGACCUGGACCUGCUGGUGCGCCUCAACAUCGGCUACGUGGUGAACGUGACCACUCACCUUCCCCUCUACCACGUCAACUCUGGACUGCGCUACAAAAGGCUGCCAGCCACCGACAACAGCAAGCAAAACCUUCGACAGUACUUUGAGGAGGUUUUUGAAUUCAUUGAGGAGGCAUAUCAGAGUGGACAGGGAGUGUUGGUGCACUGCCAGGCCGGCGUCUCUCGUUCUGCAACCAUUGUCAUCGCCUACCUUAUGAAGCACACCCUCAUGACAAUGACAGAUGCCUACAAAUACGUGCGGAGCCGUCGCCCCGUGGUGUCCCCGAAUCUGAACUUCAUGGGCCAGCUGUUGGAGUUCGAGAGGGACCUCAACUCUGGGGUGACCCCUCGCAUCCUGAUGCCUAAACUGAGUGGUGUGGAGACGCAGGUUUGAGACAAGGAUAAGGGUUAGGAGCACAUGGGGAUGCCGCUGACGAGAGAUUAUGGUGGCAUGAGAGAAAGAGAGUGGCACACUGGAGAGAGAAAUGGUACAACUGGAAAAUGUUGGCGCGUUGUGCACUUUUAACGCGGCGAAACACAAGACUGGAGGCUUGUUUUGUUAAAGUCGUAACUCUUCAUCAUUCAGUAUACUGUUUAUGUGCCAAUAUUUUGUAUAGAUCCAACAUCACUCUCAGAUAUCUGUUUUAUCUCUGAUGCCUCUUCCUUUGUGUUCCCAUCACUUACAUUCCCACAGAGAAACAGUUGCCAUCAAGAACAAAUGCAUGCAGGACGUGAACACAUACAAGGAAAGCUGCUAACGUCUAACUUCAGCCACUCAGAUAUCCCCAUCACAUGUAGCAACACACAGGCCAUUACGAUGCACUAUAUUCCCUGUGCAUUCCCUGUGCAUUUCCUUCACAGGGAGGAGAAUUUGUUACGCAGACCUCAGUCACUGUUUUUGCUCAAUAUCAUCAUGUCUAUUGGUGAAUUUCCUGUUUCCUGAAAACUGUGCAAUUGAGUAGCAUGGGCCUAGUAGGGAUGUGAGCAGCAUUAACCUGGGAAACGUAUUGCAAAAGAGACAAACAGCUCAUUGGAAUGUCUUAGUUUAUUUCAGUGAAAGAGCCAGUGUAUAAGCAAAGAAAAAGUAUCACAAGUCAGUAAUAAUGCUGUGUACUCUCAUGAGUGAGUAGCUCACAGGUUAAUACACUGAUACAAGCUCAACUAAGACAUAUUAAGAGCCGAUCUGUAGUUUUUUUUUACACUGUAUUUCAGCAUAGGUGUGUGUCAGCAGGUAUUGUCCUGCUAUUAUAAUGUGCUUUAAGACAACAGACCUUCUCCAACUGUGCACUAUUUCUUCCAAGGUUAAUCAUUCAAAAGAUGCAUUAUUUUUAUUAUUUUUUUAUGAUGUAAAAAGUUAAUUCAUGCAUGAAAACAGAGCCUGUUAUGUUGCACAGAGAGGGAUUGCUUCAAAUUUCAAUACAGCACAUGCUAGUUUGGUUUAUUGGAGAAAAAAAGCAAAGAGGCAACAUUUAACAUCCUUCUCAACCUGACUGGUCAUGAACAAAGAGCCAAACUAUUCAUUUUGUGUUGUGGUGAAAAACUGUGUGAAACUACAAGCUUGUAUUUUUUUAAACUUUCAAUUUCUGAUCUGUACUGGCAUCUAUUGUUUUAACAAAUUAAUUUUUUACACAAUCUUACUUUAAAGCAUGAGUUCCCUUGAAGCCAAAUCUACUUUAUUUAUUAUUUGAAUUCCUUUGUGUGUGAAACAACAGUUCACGGUGUUUGGUUAAGAUUAGAUUAAGAUCAGCUGUUCUUUUGCCUUAUCGUCCUCACUCAAGUUCUUAAUUGUCUCCCUCUUGACUAUGCAUUAUAUAUUUUUCAUUAGUGUGAAGGCUUUAGUUUAAUUACAGAAGUUUUCUCGAUUCACUGUGAACUUUUCCUCUGUAUUGUUAAGGUUUAAGAUCUCUUCCUUUCACAUUAAAUAAGAGUUAUAGGCCCGGAAAAAUGUGCCCGUGCACAUUAACUUCUGUUCCCCUCUGAUCUGGGCUGACAAUGAUGUGAUACAAUCUGCAGUAUGUCCACCUUUGACUUGCAGGAUGUUGAAAGUACCACAGCUUCCAUAUAAUAUCAGUUCAUUCAUUUUAAAGAAAAGAAGAGUUUUCCAAUCUGUUUGCUAAGGAUGGAAGUCAUUUUGCACAUUUUCUGCCACAAACAUUUUGUGAUGGCACGCUGUUAAUAUAUGCAGUGAUGUGAACAUUUGCAAAAAGAAAAAUAAUUUUGUCGAGCAUUACUUAAAAAAUGUAAUCUUAUAUGACCUAGGUGUAAGGACAGAUUCAUGGUUGACCUUGUUCUCUAGGUCCUGUAAAAACACUUGAAGUAAAUGUCUGUGCAGACUGACCGGGACACACCCAUGCACACUGGAAGUCCGGGGCUUUGGAACACAGCCUAUUAUUGAUUAUAUUGAUUUUAUAUAGAUUCAAAAGUGUGACCAUACAAACUCAAACAAAUCCAAACUAGAGUGUGACAGAAUGUAAAUGUCACUCCUGAGUUAAGAGUUCACAAACUUUAGUUUUUUUUAUUAUUGUAAUAUUGGAACUUACAAUGAAGUAUGUCGGCCAUUUUGAAGGACAGCAAUCCUGAGAUUUUGAGAAUACUUUCAUUAUAUUACGAGAAUAAAGAUGUAAUUCAAUGAGAAAAAUCUCAUUAUAUUAUGAGGACAAAGGAAAAAAAGGAAAUAAGCAGCAAGGAGAACUCGUACUUGCCAGAGUUCCACUCCUUCUGCAUUCUAAGCCGUGAUGGGCAGUCUCAUUAAUUCUAGAGAAAACGUCUUUGAACAACACCCAGAUGUAACCAAGACGAUAUCCAGUCAACCGCUUUCAAACAUUUCCUCCUCAACUAAAGAGGCAGUUUCCUCCAAGUCCUGUGUGGUUCUUUCUUCGCAAUACACACAGUUUCUUACACAAUCUUUUCAAAGUCCUGAUAUUUAUGAUAAUGUGGUGCUGAUCAUUCAAAGAUUAAAUAUUUUCUCAUUUGUAAAACUUAUACUGAAGUAUAACUUAACAAGAUGCUCCACAUUCCUCAUUUUAAAGCAGGCAACAGCCUGAUCUUCUGAUAUUCCUCCUCUAAAAUGACACAAAGCUUAACCUUGUGACUUUAUUCUCACAAUAGUACAAUUUUUAUUCUCAUAAUAUUGUAAUCUUAUUCUCAUAAGGUUAUGAUUUUAUUCUUGUAGCAUUAAAACUUUAUUCUCAAGGUUUUCUUCCCCUUUAAUUGUCUUGCCCCAGUUGCCCUUUUCCCAUAUUUAAUCUUGUGAUUGAAAAAAUGGAAAUUCUUUCUAAAACCAAAAUGCCUUCAGUUUAGCCUUGUGUAAUUUGGUCCUUUGGUGUAAUACGACCCUGUGAGAUGAUGCUGACUUUUGCUUGUUGGAUUUAUUUUCUGGCUAAGUGACUUUGAUAAAGGCUAUAUAUUUUUCUACAGUCAAACAUCCUCAUCAUGUUGGGUAUAUACGCACAUAUAUAUCUGUGUAUUUGCCAUUUUCUACAUGAAUCUUUCUUUUAUAUUUAAACAGAUCAACAUCUUCCACCUCCGCAGUGACAGCGUGGAUCCUCUGCUGUGUUUUUGAGUUGCAGUAUUGCACUUGUUGUCAGACCUCAGUAAAGAUGACUCAACAAACCAUAUUCCUGUUUUUACCUCUCGCCUGCGUUACAGCUGGAGAGACAUUAAACCAAACAAGCCGUUCCCUCGUCCGGUCUCUCCAGCUCAGCUCACAGUGGGUGUAGUGUUAAAACCUUUGAACAGGGCCUGUUGCUAUUGCUCCUUGAUUUUUUUAUACAGACUUUAUAUGCAAAAUGGCUGUGGAGGCAGUUUCUUGACUUCCACAUGGUAUGGACUUGCUGUGCAGCCGAGUCGAUGCUGACCUCAGAUGUUCGUACUCGAGAGACACAUCGAAGGAAUACCGAACGUUUUCUCUUUCAUUUAUAUGAACUGAAGGGUCAGUGUCUCUGUGAGUGUCGGUAUGUGUUCCAAUCUUUUGUUUGUGUUGAAAAGAGGAACGUCGUUACUGUGUGUAUGAUAGCAUUUUGAGAACUGUAUAUCCAUGCCUAUUGCUUAUUUGUGGGAACUGAAUUAUUCCUGUUUGUAUUUUAUCGUUCAUUUUUAAACAUUGUGUUAUUUCCUGCACCAAAUACUGAAUUUAAGGACUCAUAGGGAUGAUGAUGAUGAUUUAAGACAAAAGCAGAUCACCUCCUCUCUUCUAAUGGGGGUAAGAACUCUUCAGGUACGACUAUCAUAGUAAUACUGUGCUGUUUGAUCCCACUAUCCAGAAACUCAUGUUAUCUAACCUCUUCUUGUCGCUCGCUCCCUUUUCAUAAUGGAUUGUUUCUCUUGAGCAAAUGUAAUAUUUUCAUAUUGUAGUAACUGGUUCUUGUAUCUAGACAAAUGUUUCUAACUUCAUGUACUGACUAUAAUCUUCAUAACUCUUUGAGGUGCACUGUGACUAAUACAAUGCUGCUAUAUCACAAGGACUUUUAUUUUGUACAUUGCAUUUUCGCGGAUUCAAAGUGGUGAGUUGUCACUGAAGGUGACAGAUGCAAAGUGGUCUUGAAUACAGAAUCCCUAGGUAGGUUGCUCCAGCUCCACCCAGGCUUCGAUGUGCUGCCUCGACGCGGUGUAUAAAUCUCAGUGACUGUGUGUAACUGUGGGUGUGUAGCAGUUCCUGUUGGUCUUCCUUACGAGCAUGAUAGCAGGUGCAGAGAGUAAGAUGUAGCAGUAAAAUGUUUUGAAACCCCAUCUCACUGGUCACUGUGUUUAAAUAAAACUGUGGUGUUGCUUUUUGUUAA